GUUGGCUGUGCAAUUCCACUUUUAAUACUUUUUUCUAUUUUAUACCUUCAAAAGUUGAAGCAGUUUUUUUCUCGAUAUAAUGGCGGACUCUACUUUCUCUGUUACGCAGCAAGAGAAGGGCACGACGACUGCUGAGCCCACAGCUGGCAACACACAGACCGCCGCUGGUGACCCCGAGCAGGCCACAGUUGAGAACAACACCACAUACUUUGAAGACGACGAAAAUGACACCUCCGACGACUACGACUACGACAAUGAGGAGUACGAGGAGGAGGAUGCCGGGUUUGAGGCCGAUGAUCUCCUAGGUUACACCGAGGACUGGGGCGAGAACGGCGGCGACUUUACCAAGCAGUACAACAAAAUGCGGCAGCAAGUGAUUCUCAGCCAGCAAACGACCAAGGCAAGCAGCGGAUCGGCAACAGUCAAGAAGUCAGCAGCGAUUCUCGAGGCCAUGGCGGCCGGCAGCAAGCCGAGCCUUACUGGCAGUGCGGCACCCAAGAGCGUCGAGCUCAACAAGUACUCUGGGCGGAUCAAGCUGGAGGAAUUCACAGGCCUGGUGGUGCCCAAGGAUGGCGUCAACCAGGGUGGUAGCCGCAAGGGACAGGGCGUGAGCUCUGCGCCGCGCAAAGACAAGGCCGAUCGGGCGACCACCGAGCAGGUCCUGGACCCGCGCACGCGCAUUAUCCUGUUCAAGCUGCUCAACCAGGGCGUCAUCUACGAGAUCAACGGGUGCAUUAGCACGGGUAAGGAGGCCAACGUGUACCAUGCGAUGACAGAGUCGGGCGAGCACAGGGCGAUUAAGAUUUACAAGACGUCUAUUCUGAUUUUCAAGGAUCGCGACAGAUACGUGUCGGGCGAGUACCGGUUCAGACACGGGUACUCGCGGCAUAACCCGCGCAAGAUGGUGCGUCUGUGGGCCGAGAAGGAAAUGCGUAAUCUCAAGCGGAUCUACUCAUCGGGCAUCCCAUCGCCGAACCCGAUCAUUCUGCGGCAGCACGUCCUGGUUAUGGACUUCUUAGGCACUCCUGAGGGCUGGGCGUAUCCGAGACUCAAGGACGCCAUUGUGCCGGCCAACCGCUAUCCGGAGCUCUACUAUCAGCUGGUGCGCGACAUGCGCCUAAUGUACCAUGUGUGCAAGCUGGUGCACGCGGAUCUGAGCGAGUACAAUAUCCUGUACCAUGCCAAGAAGCUCUACAUUAUCGAUGUCUCGCAGUCCGUCGAGCACGACCACCCGUAUGCAAUUGACUUUUUGCGCCAUGACUGCAACAACGUCACGGAGUAUUUCCGCAAGCGCGGUAAUGUGCGUACGAUGUCUCUCCGUCGGCUGUUUGAAUUCAUCACGGACUUUAAUUUUGGCAACUCCACUGAGGAGAUUGACGAGGCGCUGGCUGCCAUUCAGCUUGAGAUGGACGGGAUCACGGAUGAGGAGCUGAAUAGUCUGAGAGCCGACGACGAGGUGUUCAGGCAGUCGUACAUCCCGCGCACGCUGGAUGAGGUUAUUGACUAUGAGCGCGAUGUGAAGCAGAUCAAUGAGGGCAAGUCCGAGGAGCUUAUUUACAGUAAGCUGGUUGGACUGAACCUGUCUGCGGCCAAUACGCCGAACCAGAACGAGGUCGUCAUCAGUGCUGAUGCCAAGGAGAGGAACGCGCGGGCUGUCCACUUUGCGGACGAGACCGAGGCAAAGCAGGAGGCCACACUGAAGGACAAGGGCGCAGCACCGAGCACCAAUGAUGAGGUUGACAGCGAUAAUGAGAACGAAAACGAUGACAAUGACGACAGUGAGGAGGAUGAGACCGAUGAUGAGGACGGCAGCGAUGAGGAGGACAGCAAUGACGAUGAGUCUGUGCAUGCAGGCACCAAGCGGCCUGAUGACAAGAAUGCUAAGAAAGAGCACAAGCAGGCAGUCAAGGAGGCCAACCGCGAGAAGCGCAAGACCAAGAUCCCAAAGUUCGUCAAGAAGCGCAAAGAGCGCAUGACCAGUGGCAAAAAGUCCAAGUAAUGCUGGAUUUGUAGUUCCUGCAUGUGGUUGGAGUCAGACUUCAGUUCGGACUGAGCUUCGCCCAGGUGUAGACAGCCUCGCCCAUAUUUCCAUUGUCCUCAUAAGGGGGUUAAUAAAGCAACUUAAAAUAACACCAUGCCAUCAACACAAUAAAGUCCCAUUGGUUUGGGGGUUAUAUUAGCUAUUAUAGUUUUUGUAGCCUGCAUUUGAGCCAAUAGAAAAG